AUGGUUGGAGUUAUUCCGAUCGAUGGCCACUCUGUUGUCGCUACGGGUAUCGCUGGACUUGGUGUCGCUUCAGAAGGAUGUGCACAUAUCGAUACUGUAGAAGUGUGCGAUGGAGCUGGCGAUACAGUAGCACUGUGGGAUACAGCCACGCUAGCAGAUGGCGUUGCUGUGGCACUGUGGGAUACAGCUGGCGAUGCAGUAGCACUGUGGGAUGCACCCAUAACAGAUGGCGUUGCUGUGGCACUGUGGGAUACAGCUGGCGAUGCAGUAGCACUGUGGGAUGCAGCUACGCUAACAGAUGGCGUUGCUGUGGCACUGUGGGAUACAGCUGGUGAUGCAGUAGCACUAUGGGAUACAGCCAUGCUGAUCGAUGGCGUUGCCGUGGCACUGUGGGAUACAGCCACGCUAACAGAUGGCGUUGCUGUGGCACUGCAUGAUGCAACUGGUGAUACAGUGGCACUGUGA